AUAGGGACUGUUGGAGCGGCCCCAACUUCCACCCUCAUAAGAACACUCCAGGCCCUGCCUAGGACGGUGUUGAGGCCACAGCAGCAUCAUGGCAGACCUCUCAGUGCGCCCGGCAGCUCUGAUCCUUCUGGGAGCAGCCCUAUGCGUGGCGCAGCCCCGCGGCCGGAUCCUCGGCGGCAAAGAGGCCAAGGCCCACGACCGACCCUACAUGGCCUCGGUGCAGGUGAACGGCACACACGUGUGCGGCGGCUUCCUGGUGGCUGAGCAGUGGGUGCUGAGUGCGGCGCACUGCCUGGAGCAUGUGCCCACCAAUGAGACCUUGGUGCAGGUCCUCCUGGGCGCACACUCGCUAUCACAGCCUGAGCCGUCCAAGCGCCUGUAUGAUGUGCUUCGAGCAGUGCCCCACCCAGACAGCCGGCUUCAAACCUUGGACCACGACCUCCUUCUGCUUCAGCUCUCUGAGAAUGCCACUCUGGGCCCCGCCGUGAAGCCCCUGCCCUGGCAGCAGGAGGACCGCGAGGUGACGGCUGGCACGCUCUGCGACUUGGCCGGCUGGGGCAUGAUCAAGAACACCGGCCGGAAGCCCGACCUCCUGCAGUACUUGCUCCUGCCGGUGAUUGACCGUGCCACCUGCAACCUGCGCAAGUUCCACGACGGCACUGUCACUGAGCGCAUGAUGUGCGCAGAGAGCAAACGAAACGCGGACAGCUGCAAGGGCGACUCUGGGGGUCCACUGGUGUGCAAUGGCGUGGCCGAAGGCGUGGUCACCUCUGGAUCCCGUGUGUGUGGCGACCCCAAGAAGCCCGGCAUCUACACUCGUAUAGGGAGCUACACCGCCUGGAUCAACAGCGUGAUGGCUGGGGAUGUGGCCACCUCAGGAAAACCUGAAGGGCCGGUUCACAAGGAACAAUGAAGUCAUUGACUCCUGCGUCUGGUCAGACACUAUUUUUAUUUUAUUCCCUUUCCAAUUUGUUUAUUCGUUUGUUUUUGUUUUUAGAUUCCACAUAUAAGUGAAACCAUAUGGUAUUUGUCUUUCUCUGACUUACUUCACUUAAAAUAAUACCCUCUAGGUCCAUCCAUGUUGUUGCAAUAAAUUUCAUUCUUUCUCAUGGCCGAGUAGUAUUCCAU